AUAGGAGGGGGGGGGGGGGGGGGAAGCCAAGGAAUAUCUGGCACAGCUUACCAGCUUUUUGUGUUAUUUUCAAUCUUGCAAUCUCUCUGGCUUUGCAAAAACCUGAGUUAAAUGGAAACCAAGUACAAACACGAAGUCAUGUGAUGAGGAAAAGCUGUGGAGCAGCAACACUCUAUCACCUUUCAUGCCAUGUAAGGUUAACAUUAUGCAAUUUUCAACCUCUCAUGACUUUCCUGACAAGUCGAAACAGACAAGAAGAAGUAACACAGGACUAAAGGCCACUGCUAGGUCUAACGGGUGUGAUUAGAAGAGACAGUGUAGAUAUAGUCACGUUCUGGCAGAUUCCUCUGCCAUUCCCUCUCCUCUAGGUUUUCAACCCCUUAUCUUUCUUCGCCUCUGCUGUGGUUUCAGCCUUUCAGCUAGAGGGACUGAAAAGCUUUGCUUGUUUACUCCUCAUUCUUUCUUGCCGAAACUUGUGCGAAACAUCUACUCCACAAUGGUGUUGAAGCUACUGUUGUUGAUGGUAUUGUUUGUAAAUGCAAAUUCUUUGUCGAUGCCAGAAACGCUCAAUGGGUUCUUGGUGCCUGAAGAGGAUUACUUCAAAUGGUUAAAACACAUGGGUUCUUUCAAGCAUUCUCUCUUUCAGAAAGCAAAGAACAAGUUCAAGCCUUGUUUAACCAUAGAGGUAAGCAAGAAACCAAGGUCUGGAGCAUUUCCUACAGUGCAAAAGGCCAUCAAUUCAUUACCAGUUAUUAAUAACUGCAGAGUUGUCAUCUCCAUUAGUGCAGGGACUUACAGGGAGAAGGUUGAGAUUCCAGCUACCAUGGCUUAUAUUACCCUGCGAGGUGCUGGUGCCGACAGGACCAUCAUUGAGUGGGAUGACACAGCCGACCGAAUGGAGAAUGGACGGCCAUUGGGUACCUUUGGUUCUGCAACAUUUGCUGUCAAUUCCCCCUACUUCAUUGCAAAAGACAUCACCUUCAAGAACAAGGCACCUUUGCCACCAUCAGGAGCUCUAGGAAAGCAAGCAGUGGCGCUGCGAAUAUCAGCAGACACAGCAGCCUUUAUAAGUUGCAAGUUCAUUGGAGCACAAGACACCCUGUAUGAUCACAUUGGGAGGCACUACUUCAAGAAAUGCUACAUUGAAGGUUCCGUGGAUUUCAUAUUCGGAAAUGGGCUCUCUCUCUAUGAGGAUUGCCAUUUGCAUGCUGUAACAACUAGCUUUGGAGCCUUGACUGCGCAGAAGAGGCAGAGCUUCCUUGAGGAAACAGGCUUCUCCUUUGUCAGCUGCAAGGUCACCGGUUCAGGUGCCCUCUUCUUGGGCAGAGCAUGGGGCAAUUUCUCCAGGGUGGUCUUUGCUUACACUUUCAUGGACAAGAUCAUCACCCCUAGAGGAUGGUAUGACUGGGGGGACAAGAGCAGACAGAUGACUGUGUUUUUUGGCCAGUACAAGUGCUCAGGACCAGGAGCUGAUUUUGGAGGAAGAGUCGCAUGGUCCAGGGAGCUAACUGAUCAACAGGCCAAGCCAUUCAUUUCAAUUGGCUUCAUCGACGGCCAUGAAUGGCUUCUUAAUUCAUAACUAUCUUUUAGUGUGUACUCAUCAGGCCAACAAUAAAAUAAAACUACAAAAAAAUUGUAAAAGAUCUCUAUAAGCUGUUAUUACUGGAAAUUUGAAAAGGCCUUCAUUUGUUGCUCCUGAAAA